GCGCCAACGCAUUCGAGUCAGUUCGUUCGGCUGCACGACAUCGCGACCACCGCGCGGUCGUCCAUACGCUUCCUUCGAUUUCAAAUUGAAACACGGGUAUCGUCACACGAAUCGAUCCAUUUCUUUCAUUUCAUCCUCGAAUCGAUACGUUUCCAAUUUCCCUUCUUUUUUAUCUCAUCUACUCCGGCAACGAUAUCGAAAAGUGUCAUCGAACCGUGUCACAUUCUCCCUAAAAAAAAAAAAAAUCUCCCUUAAUUUGGUAAACGAGUGACCUAGACAGUUUUCACCUACAUCGAUCGUAAGUCGUCGACCAACGUAUUAAAACUCCGCUCACGCGCUCACCGGUGGUCAUGAUUACCAGAUAUCGAUGUUGCGAUAUAUUUUUUUUAAUAUUCUGCCUCCUCCUUCGGGGUCCCGAUCACGUAUACGUAAAUGGGCAUGGCCGCCUCAUGGAUCCGCCUGCAAGAAACAGCAUGUGGCGCUUUGGAUAUCCGAAUCCUGUAAAUUAUAACGACAAUGAACUGUUCUGCGGCGGAUAUGCAGUUCAAUGGGUGCAAAAUAAGGGUCAGUGUGGCGUUUGCGGUGACGCAUAUCACUUGAAAGAGCCGAGACCCCACGAAGCGGGUGGCGAAUAUGCGAAAGGCACAAUUGUUAGACAUUACACGGUUGGACAGGAUAUCGACGUCGAGGUUGAGCUUACGGCGAAUCAUUUAGGCAGAUUCGAAAUGUAUCUUUGUCCGAAUAACAAUCCAAGAAACGUGGCGACUCAAGAAUGCUUCGAUAGGUAUCCAUUGUAUAUAUCCGGAACCCGGGAUGUUCGAUUCGAGAUACCCGAAGAUAGCGAAAGAAAAGCUAUAUUUCGAUACAAGGUAACUUUACCUGCCUACGUCACCUGUACACAAUGUGUCAUUCAAUGGAAUUAUUACACUGGUAAUAUGUGGGGUACUUGUGAAAAUGGAACCGAAGCCAAUGGAUGUGGAAGACCAGAGACGUUUAGAAAUUGCGCCGACGUGAGCAUCAUUACUAGUACAGCUGGGGUACCUCCCCUCUUCGUACAACAAGACAAUCCCUUUUUGCUCUAUUACAAAGAUUAUCGUUCUCCCAAUAAUAUAUUCCCACUUGUCGUCAGAUCUCAAGUGUGUGUGCCUACCUCUCUUUAUCGGCGUAUUCCAGGAAUGAACGAUUGGUGUCAAACCAAUUGUCUUCGCUAUCCACCAAAUUGUCCACCGACUAUAUGUCAAUGCCCGGAAGUGUGCGACGCGAUCGGAGAUAUCGGUGGAAAAGACGGUGCGAGCGUCUAUUGUAUGGAUAAGUGCCUGGUUUAUCCACCCAAUUGCCCGUCUCAACGUUGCCGUUGUUAUUGAACAAAUUUCAAUAAUUAUAUACGCGUCAUCGCGUGAUGAUUCGAUUUCGAAUCAUCGCAUCUAUCGAUUGCGAGUAAUUUAUCGUGCAUUCACAUACAAUGGAUAACAAGAUUUCCCUUUUUCGAUAACAAUAAGCGUAAACGAGAAUAAAAAUGAAAGAAGCGUCCUUAAACAUUGUCGUUAUUCAAUGCGUGAUUUGUCAAAUUAUUAUCGGAAAUAAUAUGUACGUAUGUUCGAUAUAUUCGUUGUCGAUCAAUUUUUCAGUUUUUUUCGAUAAACACGCGACUGAGAUCGUUUGAGAUCGAACAACUUCCGUAUAGUUGGGUAUUAACCCGUUAAAAAUAUAACUAGUUAAAAAUUUUCGUAUAACCUCGGCCGUUUCACACUACAGUUAUUCUAUGUUUCGAACAAUAAAUUAUUGAAGUAACUUUA